ACGAUCUCUCUCCAAGCAUUUGUUUGCAUGCACUAUGGAGAAGAAAUAUUCCAGUCAUUUCAUCUUUCAGCUCUUGUUUUUCUUUCUGUACAUCAAGAUUUUAACAUUGGAAAUGGCUGCUGCUCGGACUCAGCCUGUCCCGAUAAGAGUUGGCUUAGUUCUAGACAUGAAUGAUUAUAUUGGAGACAUGGGAUCGAACUGCAUUUCAAUGGCCCUCUCGGACUUCUACGCCACGAAUGCUCAUUACAAGACUAGGCUGCAAAUCCACAGCAGAGACUCCAAUGGUGACGCUGUUGGGGCAGCUGCUGCAGUCCUGGACCUAUUGAAGAAUGUUGAAGUGCAAGCCAUCUUAGGUCCCCUGACCUCUGUUCAAGCAAACUUCAUGAUAAAUCUUGGAGACAAAGCUCAAGUUCCUGUAAUCACGUUUUCAGCCACAAGUCCUUCUCUGUCAUCACUGAGAAGCCCGUAUUUCAUCCGUGCCACUCUGAAUGACUCUUCCCAAGUGGAAGCCAUAAGUGCAGUAAUUCAAGCCUUUGGAUGGAGAGAAGUUGUGCCCAUCUAUGUGGAUAAUGAGUUUGGAGAAGGGAUCAUACCAUUUCUGACGGAUGCGUUGGAACAGGUGAAUGCCCGUGUACCUUAUAGAAGUGCCAUUCCGUCACUAGCAACAGAUGAUCAAAUUGUUGCAGAGCUUUACAAGCUGAUGACAAUGCAAACAAGAGUUUUCAUUGUGCACAUGCUGACCAAUCUUGGUUCUCGACUCUUUAAGAAAGCAAAACAGCUAGGAAUGAUGAGUGAAGACUAUGCAUGGAUCAUAACUGAUGGAAUCGCAAAUGAAUUAUAUUCAAUGGAUCCUUUGGUCGUAGAGUCCAUGCUGGGAGUAAUAGGUGUGAAACCACAUAUUUCAAGAACAAAAGAGUUUGAUAGUUUCACAGUUCGAUACAAGAAAAGGCUUCACCAGAACACACCAACAGCUAUUAGUCCAGACUUGAACAUUUUUGGACUAUGGGCUUAUGACUCGGCCAUUGCACUAGCCAUAGCGGCAGAGAAAGCAAGACUAACCAAUGCUAGCUAUCAGAGGACAGUUAUUUCUACAAAUUCCACAGACCUUGAAGCCUUUGGAGUCUCCAGAACUGGACUGAAGCUUAUUCAGGUUUUAUCAAGUACUUCUUUCAGAGGCCUGGCUGGAAAGUUUCUGUUAGUUGAUGGCCAGCUCCAAUCGCCUCCUUAUGAGAUUGUAAACGUGGUAGGUCCUGGAGCCCGAGUGAUAGGAUACUGGACAAAAGAGAAUGGAAUUUCCAAGAAACUAAAUAUUAGAAAUUCAAAUGCAGCCAUGAAAUCCAGGUCCAAUUUUGGAUCUAUCAUAUGGCCAGGUGAUAAGACAUCUCCACCAAAGGGUUGGGUUAUUCCCACAAACGGGAAGAAAAUGCGAAUAGGAGUGCCUAUAAAUGAUUGUUUUACCGAGUUUGUUCAUGUCACUUGGAAUCUUGACAACUCAAUAGAAGUGGAAGGAUACUGCAUUGAUGUUUUUGAUGCAGUUAUGGCAGCACUACCAUAUACUGUACCCUAUGAAUACAUUCCAUUUGCAACACCUGAGCACAAGUAUGCUGGUACCAAUAACGAUUUGGCCUAUCAAGUAUACCUUGGAAACUAUGAUGCCGUAGCUGGAGAUGUAACUAUUAUAGCAAACAGGUCCCAGUUUGUUGACUUCACUCUGCCUUUUAUAGCAUCUGGCGUUUUGAUGGUUGUACCAGUAAAAGACUACAAGAGCAAAAAUGCAUGGGUUUUUCUGAAGCCACUAACUUGGGAGCUUUGGUUGACAAGCUUUUGCUCCUUUGUUUUCAUUGGGUUCUUGAUUUGGAUUCUUGAACAUCGAAUAAACGAAGACUUCAGGGGCCCUCCUGGACCUCAGUUGGGUGUGAUAUUGUGGUUUGCCUUCUCAAUCAUGGUCUUCGCUCACAAAGAGAAGGUGGUCAGCAACUUGGCUAGGUUUGUGUUGGUGAUAUGGUUCUUGGUGGUUCUUAUACUUACCCAAAGCUACACCGCAAGUCUUGCAUCCAUGUUAACAGUUCAGCAGCUGCAGCCGACGCUCACAGAUGUUAAUGAGCUUAUUAGAAACAAGGAAUAUGUGGGGUACCAGGAGGGAUCAUUUGUUUAUGGUCUUCUAAAGAGAUUGAACUUUGAUGAGUCCAGACUACUGCCAUAUAACUCUCCGGAACAAUGGGAUGAACUUUUCUCCAAAGGAACUGGAAAUGGUGGUAUAGCUGCUGCUUUCGAAGAGAUUCCAUAUAUUAACGUUUUUCUCGCCAAAUACUGCUCAAAGUACACCACCGUUGGUCCUACAUACAAGACUGACGGUUUUGCAUUCGUCUUCCCAAUAGGUUCUCCUCUAGUACCUGAUGUUUCAAGAGCAAUCUUGAACAUAACUGAAGGUGAAAAAAUGGUGGAGAUUGAGAAGAAAUGGUUUGGGAAUAAUGCUAAAUGCACAAACUCUGUAAACCUGCUUUCAUCUGAAAGUCUCGGGCUGGACAGCUUCUGGGGGCUCUUUAUGAUAGUAGGAAUAACUGCAGUUUCAGCCUUAAUGAUACAUGUGAUCAGGUUCUUGCACGAUCAUUGGCAUGUGAUAGUAGAUUCUAGUCCUGAUUCCACAAUUUCGAGCAAGAUAAAAGAGCUACUGCAGAGGUUUGACAAUAGGGAUCUGAGUGCUCAUACUUUCAGGAAAGAUAGAAAUGGUGGAGAUGGUGAGGCUGUGGAGAGGGCAAUGGAAUCCCAUGAAAAUAUCCAACACCGUCCAUCAAGUUUCUCAGGGGCCUCACCUCUAACUGAUGGCCCGGCAAGUGCCGUUUUCUCUGAUUAUUCAGAGCAGAACAUAAGUUUUAGAAGAGAACAGGGGAGUUCAGUGGGAACUGUAAUCAGAAAUUCACAAGGGGAAGCGUCUCAGGUGACAGCAGAAAGUUGAGCCUGUUAGUGGAAAGCACUACAAGAAAAGAUACCGAUCGAAUCAGUAAUAUUUCCUUUAUA